UGAAGCUUUACUCUAAGAAGAUUUGAUCCAUCUAUUUCAUGAGUUCAGAUUAUAAAGACUAAAUGUUACAGAAGUGUUGAAAUACUGUUUGGUCAUGAGCACUAACAGUAACUCAUUGGCACGUGAAUUUCUGACUGAUGUCAACCGGCUUUGCAAUGCAGUGGUCCAGAGGGUGGAGGCCAGAGAGGAGGAAGAGGAAGAGACACACAUGGCAACCCUUGGGCAGUACCUUAUUCAUGGUCGAGGAUUUCUAUUACUUACCAAGCUAAAUUCUAUCAUUGAUCAGGCAUUAACAUGUAGAGAAGAACUCCUUACUCUUCUUCUGUCACUCCUUCCACUGGUAUGGAAGAUCCCUGUUCAAGAAAAGGAAACAGAUUUUAAUCUACCACUCUCAGUUGAUAUACUCCCAAUCAAAGAAAAGAACUCAAGUUCCCAAAAAUCUAUUCAGGACAAAUUAUACUUGGAAGGAAGUACUCCAUCUGAUCAGGUUUCUGCAAAAGUAAACAUCUUUCAAAAAAGUAAACGACAGCGUAAAAUUACCCAUCGCUAUUCUGUAAGAGAUGCAAGAAAGACACAGCUCUCCACUUCAGAUUCAGAAGCUAAUUCAGACGAAAAAAGUAUAGCAAUGAAUAAGCAACGGAGGCCCCAUCUGCCACAGCAUUUUGUAGCACAUUCUCCUAAAGAAGACCACCUUACAGCUAAAGUUGACCAGUUAGCAACCAAAGAAGAACAGACUCCUCCUGAUACCAUGGCUCUAGAAAAUUACAGAGAAGUUAUUCCAAGACAGGAGUCAAACACUGACAUUUUAAGUGAGCCAGCUGCCUUGUGUAUUAUCAGUAACAAGAACAAUUCUCCAUUUGACUUAUGCCAUGUUUUAUUAUCUUUAUUAGAGAAAGUUUGUAAAUUUGACAUAAUUUUGAAUCAUAAUUCUGCACUAGCAGCCAGUGUAGUGCCCACAUUGACUGAAUUCCUAGCAGGCUUCGGGGACUGUUAUAAUCUAAGCAACAAUUUAGAGAAUCAAGUGGUUUCUGCAGGUUGGACUGAAGAACCAGUGGCUUUGAUUCAACGGAUGCUGUUUCGAACAGUGCUUCAUCUUAUGUCAGUAGAUAUUAGUAUUGCAGAGAUGAUGCCAGAAAGUCUUAGAAAAAAUUUAACUGAAUUACUUAGGGCAGGUUUAAAAAUUAGAACUUGCCUGGAAAAACAGCCUGAUCCUUUUGCACCAAGACAAAAGAAGACACUACAGGAGGUUCAGGAAGAUUUUGUGUUUUCAAAGUAUCGUCAUAGAGCCCUUCUGUUGCCUGAGCUUCUGGACGGAGUUCUACAGAUUUUGAUUUGUUGUCUUCAAAGUGCAGCUUCAAAUCCCUUCUACUUCAGUCAAGCCAUGGAUUUGGUUCAAGAAUUCAUUCAACAUUAUGGAUUUAAUUUAUUUGAAACAGCAGUUCUUCAAAUGGAAUCACUGGUUUUAAGAGAUGGAGUCCCUCCUGAGGCCUCAGAACACUUGGAAGCCUUAAUAAAUGAUGUGAUGAAAAUAAUAAGCACUGUCAAAAAAGUGAAAUCAGAGCAACUUCAUCAUUCAGUGUGUACAAGAAAAAGGCACAGACGCUGUGAAUACUCUCACCUCAUGCAUCACCACAGAGAUCUUUCAGGUCUUCUGGUUUCAGCUUUUAAAAACCAGGUUUUGAAAAACUCACUUGAACAGACUAAAGAUGGAGAUAUUUAUUAUCCUGAGCGAUGCUGUUGUAUUGCAGUGUGUGCUCAUCAGUGCUUACGCUUACUGCAACAGGUGUCCUUAACUAGUACUUGUGUCCAGAUUCUAUCAGGUAUUCAUAGUGUUGGAAUAUGCUGUUGUAUGGAUCCCAAAUCUGUUAUCAUUCCUUUGCUCCAUGCUUUUAAAUUGCCAGCACUGAAAAAUUUUCAGCAGCAUAUACUAAAUAUUCUUAACAAACUUAUUUUGGAUCAGUUAGGAGGAGCAGAGAUAACACAAAAAAUUAAGAAAGCAGCUUGCAAUAUUUGUACGGUUGACUCUGAUCAUCUGGCCAAGUUAGAAGAGACAUUAGAGGGAAACGCAUGUGAUGCUGAACCUUUAUCAAGUUUUUCCAGUCCUUCUUACAAAUUCCAAGGGAUCGUGCCCAGCAGUGGGUCUGAAGAUUUGUUGUGGAAAUGGGAUGCUUUAGUGGCUUAUCAGAACUUUGUUUUUGAAGAAGACAGAUUGCAUAGCCUACAGAUUGCAAAUCACAUUUGCAAUUUAAUCCAGAAAGGCAAUGUAGUUGUACAGUGGAAAUUGUAUACUUACUUAUUUAAUCCCAUGCUCCAAAGAGCAGUUGAAUUAGCCCAUCACUGUCAACGCCUAAGCAAUACGUCAGCUCGAACUCAAGUAUGUAGCCAUCACAGCCAAUGUUUGCCUCAGGAGGUACUUCACAUUUACUUAAAAGCUCUGCCUACCCUGCUUAAAUCCAGAGUAAUAAGAGAUUUGUUUUUAAAUUGUAAUGGAGUAAAUCAAAUAAUUGAAUUAAAUUACUUAGAUGGUAUUCGAAGUCUUUCCCUAAAAGCAUUUGAAACUCUGAUAAUCAGCCUAGGGGAACUACAGAAGGAUGUUUCAAUUCCAAAUACUGAUGGGCUAGACAGUGAACAGAAAGAGUUGUCAUCUUUAAAUGUAGGCACUUCUUUUCAUAACCAGCAAGUUUAUUCGGAUUCUCCUCAGAGUCUCAGCAAAUUUUAUACUGGGCUCAAAGAUGCUUGCCUAAAGAAGUGGAAAACUGUGAAUCAGGAUGUUCAUAUCAACAUAAUAAACCUAUUUCUCUGUGUGGCAUUUUUAUGUGUGAGUAAAGAAGCAGAAUCUGAUAGGGAUUCUGCCAAUGACUCAGAAGAUACUUCUGAAUAUGAUAGCACAGCAGGUGAGCCUUUGAGUCAUAUGCUGCCAUCGUUAUCUCUUGAGAACCUGGCCUUGCCUUCGCUUGAACAUAUGCACCAAGCAGCGGACAUUUGGUCAGUGUGCUGCAGGAUCUACAUGUUGAGUUCAGUCUUUCAGAAGCAGUUUUAUAGGCUGGGUGGCUUCCAAUUGUGCCAUAAAUUAAUAUUUAUGAUAAUACAGAAACUAUUCAGAAGUCAUGAAGAUGGGCAAGAAAAAAGGCAGGAAAGUAUAAAUGUAAAUGAAAGCCAAGAUUUAAGCAGAAUUUCUCAAUCUGAGAUAGCUAUGAAGGAAGAUUUAUUAUCUUCAACUUCAUCAGAACUGAGUAGUCUUAAAAAGAGUACUGAUGGUUUAGGUAAAUUAGAGUCACAGCAUAUUUCUCCCACAAAUACGGAACAAAUUCUAGCCACUGAAGCUACUCCCGAGGAAGCAAAACUAUUUAUGAGUCAAGAAAGUGAGACCUCACUUCAGAUCAUACGACUUUUGGAAGCCUUUUUGGUCAUUUGUCUUCAUAGUGCCAGGACUAGUCAACAAAAAAUGGAAUUCGAGUUACCAAAUCAGAACUUGUCUGUGGAAAAUAUAUUACUUGAAAUGAGGGACCAUCUUUCCCAGUCAAAGGUGAUUGAAACAGAAUUAGCAAAGCCUUUAUUUGAUGCCUUGCUUCAAGUUGCCCUGGGGAAUCACUCAGCAGAUUUUGAACAUAAUGAUGCUAUGACUGAGAAGAACCACCAGUCUGAAGAAGAAUUGUCAUCCCAGCCUGGCUAUUUUUCAGAAGAAGCUGAGAACUCUCAGGGCUAUAGUUUAAAACUUUUGAUUGAAGAAGAAGGUUAUGAAGCAGACAGUGAAAGCAAUCCUGAGGAUAACGAAAGUUGUGAUGAUGGAGUAGAUGUAAAGGCUGAGGUAGAAGGUUUCAGUGCAUCAAGCUGUCCAGCUUACUUCUUUGGAAACCUCACACAAGGGGAAAUAAUAUAUCCUGAGAUUUGUAUGCUAGAAUUAAAUUUACUUUCUUCUAGUAAAGUCAAACUUGAUGUGAUUGCCCAUGUCUUUGAGAGUUUUUUGAAAAUCAUCAGACAGAAAGAAAAGAAUAUUUAUCUGCUAAUACAACAGGGAAUUGUAAAAAAUCUGUUAGGAGGGUUCUUAAAUAUUUUAACUCAGGAUGAUUCUGAUUUCCAAGCAUGCCAGAGAAUAUUGGUGGAUCUUUUGGUUUCUCUGAUAAGUUCAAGAACAUGUUCGGAAGACCUAACCCUUCUUUUGAGGAUAUUUCUGGAGAAAUCUCCUUGUACAGAAAUUCUUCUUCUGGGUAUUCUGAAAAUUGUUGAAACUGAUAUUUCUAUGAGCCCUUCACAGUAUCUAACCUUCCCUUUACUGCAUACCCCACAUGUAAGCAAUGGUGUGUCAUCACAAAAGUGUCCUGGGAUUCUGAACAGUAAGGCCAUGGGAUUAUUGAGAAGAGCACGAGUUUCACGGAGCAAGAAAAAGCCUGACAGUGAAAACUUCCCCUACCAGUUGCUUUCCUCUUGGCAUGUAGCCCCAAUCCACUUGCCAUUGCUGGGGCAAAACUGUUGGCCACACUUGGCAGAGGGCUUUAGUGUGUCUCUGUGGUUUAAUGUGGAGUGUACCGAUGAGACUGAGAGUCACAUAGAAAAAGGAAAGAAGAUAAAGAAAAGAAACAAAUCAAUAAUUAUAUGGGAUAGCAGUUUUGAUGGAACAGAGAGCAACAGACCAGAGGGAGCAGAGUAUGCAAAUCCUGGUGGAAAACUCAUAGAAGAAGGAUCUGUUCAUAUGCUUUCAUUGGGAUCCAAAGCAUUGAUGAUCCAAGUGUGGGCUGAUCCCCACAGUGGCACUUUCAUCUUUCGUGUGUGCAUGGAUUCAAAUGAUGAUAUGAAGGUUGUUUUACUAGCACAAGUGGAAUCACAGGAGAAUAUUUUCCUUCCGAGCAAAUGGCAACAUUUAGUACUCACCUACUUACAGCAGCCCCAAGGGAAAAAGAGUAUCCGUGGGAAACUCUCCAUAUGGGUUUCUGGACAGAGGAAGCCUGAUGUUACAUUGGAUUAUAUGCUUCCAAGAAAAACAAGUUUGUCAUCUGAUAGUAAUAAAACAUUCUGCAUGAUCGGCCAUUGUUUAUCAUCCCAACAAGAAUGUUUGCAAUUGGCUGGAAAAUGGGACCUGGGAAAUUUGCUACUUUUCAAUGGAGCUAAGAUUGGUUCACAGGAGGCCUUUUAUCUAUAUGCUUGUGGACCCAACUAUACAUCUAUAAUGCCAUGUAAAUAUGGCAAGCCAGUGAUUGAUUACUCUAAAUAUAUUAGUAAAGAAAUUUUGCAAUGUGAACAAAUCAGAGAACUUUUUAUGACCAAGAAGGAUGUGGACAUCGGUCUCUUAAUCGAAAGUCUUUCAAUAGUUUAUACCACUUACCAUCCUGCUCAGUAUACCAUCUAUGAGCCAGUUAUCAGACUUAAAGGUCAAAUGAAAUCCCAACUCUCUCAAAGACCAUUCAGCUCAAAAGAAGUUCAGAGCACCUCAUUGGAACUUCAUCAUCUAAAGCAUCUAUGGCCUACUGAGUGUAAAACGGUUCAAGGCGUGCUGCAUGAGAUUGGUGGGACUGGAAUAUUUGUCUUUCUUUUUGCUAGGGUUGUUGAGCUCAGCAGCUGUGAAGAAACUCAAGCAUUAGCACUACGAGUUAUCCUCUCAUUAACUAAAUACAACCAACAAAGAAUACAUGAAUUAGAAAAUUGUAAUGGCCUUUCCAUGGUUCACCAGGUGUUGAUCAAACAAAAAUGCAUUGUUGGCUUUCACAUUUUGAAGACCCUUCUUGAAGGUUGCUGUGGUGAAGAUAUUAUUCAUGUCAAUGAGAAUGGAGAGUUUAAGUUGACUGUAGAGUCUAAUGCUAUAAUCCAAGAUGUUAAACUAUUAGAGGAGCUAUUGUUUGACUGGAAGAUAUGGAGUAAAGCAGAGCAAGGUGUUUGGGAAACUCUGCUAGCAGCUCUAGAAAUGCUCAUCAGAGCAGAUCACCACCAGCAGAUGUUUAAUGUUAAGCAGUUACUGAGAGCUCAAGUGGUUCAUCACUUUCUGCUGACUUGUCAGGUUUUGCAGGAACACAAAGAGGGGCAGUUUAUAUCCAUGCCCCGAGAGGUUUGUAGAUCAUUUGUGAAAAUUAUAGCGGAAGUCCUUGGAUCUCCCCCAGAUUUGGAAUUAUUGACAAUUAUCUUCAAUUUCCUUUUAGCAGUUCACCCUCCUACUAAUACUUACGUUUGUCACAAUCCCACAAACUUCUACUUUUCUGUGCAUAUAGAUGGCAAGAUAUUUCAGGAGAAAGUCCAGUCAAUCAUGUACCUGAGGCAUUCCAGUAGUGGGGGGAAAUCCAUUGCUAGUCCUGGAUUUGUGGUAAUCAGUCCGUCUGGCUUUACUGCUUCACCUCCUGAAGGAAAUAAUUCCUCCAGCAUUAUUCCACAGCACAUGACCACUCACAUGCUGCGUUCUAGAAGUCUACCAGCAUUUCCUACUUCUUCAUCACUAAGGCAACCACAAAAACUGACCUCAAGUUUGGAUUGUAGUGUUGACAAGUUACAAAGUAUUGCAGAUAAAUAUGUUGCUACUCAACUAGAGAAAUGGAAUCCGCUGGGGAGUUCAGAGAUGUUGAAAGAAGUCAAAGAGGGUAUAUUCAUCAGUAGCUGUGAGUCUGCAAAAACUGUUUGUGAAAUGGAAGCUGUCCUUUCAAUCCAAGAGUCUGUCAAUGGAGUCCCAAAAGGAAAAUUGAGGUUUCCAGUGGUCAAAGUAGAUCAUAAAGAAGUGGGAGCAGAACCCAGAUCAGAGGAUGGCAGUCCUGGGGACGAGUUCUGCAUAUGCCGACCUGAUUUCCUAAAGGGACUUGCCUCAUUCCAGCAAAGCCAAAGCACUAUUGCAAGCCUAGGACUAGCUUUUCCCUCACAGAAUGGAUCUGCAGCUAUUGGUCAUUGGCCAAGUCUUGUUGAUAGGAACACUGAUGAUUGGGAAAACUUUGCCUUUUCUCUUGGUUAUGAGCAGAACUACAACCCAAGUGCAAGUACUCGCAGUGUAACUGAAGACUGUUUGGUACCUAUCUGCUGUGGAUUAUAUGACCUCUUAAGUGGAGUUCUUCUUAUUCUGCCUGAUAUUAUGCUUGCAGAUGUGAUGGACAAACUUAUUCAAGCUGAUACACUCUUAGUCCUUGUUAACCACCCGUCACCUGCUAUACAACAAGGAGUUAUUAAACUAUUAGAUGCAUAUUUUAAUAGAGCAUCUAAGGAACAGAAAGAUAAAUUUCUGAAGAAUCGAGGCUUUUCCUUGUUAGCCAACCAGCUGUAUCUUCAUCGGGGAACUCAAGAAUUACUAGAAUCCUUCAUUGAAAUGUUCUUUGGUCGAAGUAUUGGCUUUGAUGAAGAAUUUGAUCUGGAAGAUGUGAAAAAUAUGGGACUUUUUCAGAAGUGGUCUAUCAUUCCGAUUCUAGGACUAAUAGAGACUUCUCUAUAUGACAACAUACUCUUGCAUAAUGCCCUUUUACUUCUUCUCCAAAUUUUAAAUUCUUGUUCUAAGGUAGCAGAUCUGUUGUUGGAUAAUGGACUACUAUAUGUGUUAUGCAAUACAGUAGCAGCCCUGAAUGGAUUAGAAAAGAACGUUCCUUUGAAUGAAUACAAAUUGCUUGCUUGUGAUAUACAGGAACUUUUCAAAGCAGUUACAAUUCAUGCUUGCAGUUCCUCGGGCUCACAAUAUUUUAGGGUCAUUGAAGACCUUAUUGUAUUGCUUGGAUACCUUCAAAACAGCAAAAACAAGACAACUCAAACUAUGGCUGUUGCACUACAGUUUAGAGUUCUACAGGCUGCUAUCGAGUUUAUAAGGACCACUGCAAAUCAGGACUCUGAAAACUUUAUGAAUUUAUUCCAGUUACCUUCUGCUCCACAUCAUGCACUAUUUCAAAAGCAGAAAGGCAUUGCUGGUCCUCGAAAGUUUCCUCUUGCUCAAACUGAGUCUCUUCUGAUAAAAAUGCGUUCAGUGGCAAGUGAUGAGCUUCAUAUAUUGAUGCAACGGAGAAUGAGCCAAGAGAACCCUAUCCGGGCAACUGAAAUAGAGCUGGCCCAGCGACUGCAGAAGCUCAUUGUUUUAGCAGUUAACAGGAUCAUUUAUCAAGACUUUAAUCAAGAUGUUAUUGACAUUUUGAGUACUCUGGAAAAUAUAACUCAAAGCAAGAACUCAAUUCCCCAGACUGAAAUUUCUGAGAAGAAUAUUCAUCAUGAGAAGCCUUCUGUUUUCAAUCCAUUUCAGAAAGAAAUGUUCACCUAUUUGGUAGAAGGAUUCAAAGUAUCUAAUAAUUCAAAUAAAGCCAGUGAGUGUAAACAGCAGUGGACUAAAGUCCUGUGGUCUUGUAAGGAAACCUUCCGAACGCAGCUUGGGAGACUGCUAGUGCAUAUUUUGUCACCAAGCCAUCCUUCACAAGAGAGAAAGCAAAUUUUUGAAAUAGUUCGUGAACCAAAUUAUCAGGAAAUACUCCGAGACUGUCUCAGCCCAUCCCUGCAACAUGGAGCAAAGUUAGUUUUGUAUCUGACAGAGUUGAUGCAUAAUCACCAAGAUGAGUUGACUGAAGAAGAACUAGACAUAGCAGAAUUGCUUAUGAGUGCUUUAAAAUUAUGUGGCCAUAAAUGCAUCCUUCCCACUGCAGCAACAAAAUCAGACCUUAUUAAAAUGAUCAAAGAGGAACAAAAGAAAUAUGAAACUGAAGAAGAUGUGAGUAAAGCUGCCUGGCAGAAAGCAGUUCGUAAUAAUCAACAAAGUCUCUUUCAGCGUCUAGAUUCAAAAUCAAAGGAUGUAUCUAAAAUAGCUGCAGAUAUCACCCAGGCUGUAUCACUCUCCCAAGGAAUUGAGAGAAAAAAGGUCAUUCAGCAUAUCAGAGGAAUGUAUAAAGUAGAUUUGAGUGCCAGCAGGCAUUGGCAGGAACUUAUUCAACAAUUGACCCAUGAUAGAGCAGUCUGGUAUGAUCCCAUCUACUAUCCAACCUCCUGGCAGUUGGAUCCAACAGAAGGACCAAAUCGAGAGAGGAGGCGUUUACAGAGAUGUUAUUUAACUAUUCCAAAUAAGUAUCUCCUUCAGGAUAGACAAAAAUCAGAAGAUCUCAUCAAACUACCACUCUCUUACCUAUUUGAAGAUAAAACUCAUUCUUCUUUCUCUUCUACUGUAAAAGACAAAGCUGCAAGUGAAUGUAUAAGAGUGAAUCGAAGAUGUUUCAGUGUUGCACCAUCUAGAGAGACAGCUGGUGAAUUGUUACUAGGUAAAUGCGGAAUGUAUUUUGUGGAAGAUAAUGCUUCUGAUACAGUUGAAAGUUCGAGUCUUCAGGGAGAGUUGGAGCCAGCAUCGUUUUCCUGGACAUAUGAAGAAAUUAAAGAAGUUCAUAAGCGUUGGUGGCAAUUGAGAGAUAAUGCUGUAGAAAUCUUUUUAACAAAUGGCAGAACACUCCUGUUGGCAUUUGAUAACACCAAGGUUCGUGAUGAUGUCUACCACAGUAUACUAACAAAUAACCUUCCUAAUCUUCUGGAAUAUGGAAACAUCACUGCUCUGACAAACUUAUGGUACACUGGACAAGUUACCAACUUUGAAUAUUUGACUCACUUAAACAAGCACGCUGGCCGCUCCUUCAAUGACCUCAUGCAGUACCCAGUGUUCCCAUUUAUACUUGCUGACUAUGUUAACGAAACACUCGACCUCAAUGAUCCUUCCAUCUACAGAAAUCUCUCUAAGCCUAUAGCAGUGCAGUAUAAAGAAAAGGAAGAUCGUUAUGUGGACACAUACAAGUAUUUGGAAGAAGAAUACCGCAAAGGAGCCAGAGAAGACGACCCUAUGCCUCCUGUGCAGCCGUAUCACUAUGGCUCCCACUAUUCAAACAGCGGGACUGUGCUCCACUUCCUAGUCAGGAUGCCCCCUUUCACAAAGAUGUUUUUAGCCUAUCAAGAUCAAAGUUUUGACAUUCCAGAUAGAACUUUUCAUUCUACAAAUACAACUUGGCGCCUCUCAUCUUUUGAAUCUAUGACUGAUGUGAAAGAACUCAUCCCUGAGUUUUUCUAUCUACCAGAGUUCUUAGUUAACCGUGAAGGUUUUGAUUUUGGUGUGCGUCAGAAUGGUGAGCGGGUUAAUCAUGUCAACCUCCCUCCAUGGGCACGUAACGAUCCUCGUCUUUUCAUCCUCAUCCAUCGCCAAGCUCUAGAGUCUGACUACGUCUCCCAGAAUAUCUGUCAGUGGAUUGACUUGGUGUUUGGCUAUAAGCAAAAGGGGAAGGCUUCUGUUCAAGCCAUCAAUGUUUUUCAUCCUGCUACAUACUUUGGAAUGGAUGUCUCUGCAGUUGAAGAUCCUGUUCAGAGACGAGCACUGGAAACCAUGAUAAAAACAUAUGGCCAGACCCCACGUCAGUUGUUCCACACAGCACAUGCGAGCAGACCUGGAUCCAAGCUCAGCAUUGAAGGAGAGCUUCCUGCUGCUGUGGGGUUGUUAGUGCAGCUUGCUUUCAGAGAAACUCGAGAACAGGUCAAAGAAAUUACCUAUCCGAGUCCUUUGUCCUGGAUAAAAGGUUUGAAGUGGGGGGAGUAUGUAGGCUCCCCAAGUGCUCCAGUGCCAGUGGUCUGUUUCAGCCAACCCCAUGGAGAAAGAUUUGCUUCUCUUCAGGCUCUGCCCACCAGGGCCAUCUGUGGCUUGUCCCAAAAUUUCUGUCUUCUGAUGACAUACAGCAAAGAGCAAGGUGUGAGAAGCAUGAACAGUACUGACAUUCAGUGGUCAGCCAUCCUGAGCUGGGGAUAUGCUGAUAACAUUUUAAGGUUGAAGAGUAAACAAAGUGAGCCUCCAAUAACCUUUAUACAAAGUUCACAGCAGUACCAGGUGACUAGUUGUGCAUGGGUCCCUGACAGUUGCCAGCUGUUCACAGGGAGCAGAUGUGGUGUUAUCACGGCAUACUCAAACAGAUUCACCAACAGCACGCCAUCAGAGAUAGAAAUGGAGUCCCAGAUACAUCUCUAUGGGCACACAGAAGAGAUAACCAGCCUAUUUGUUUGCAAACCAUACAGUAUAAUGAUAAGUGUGAGCAGAGAUGGAACCUGCAUUAUAUGGGAUUUAAACAGGCUGUGCUACGUACAGAGUUUGGCUGGACACAAAAGCCCUGUCACAGCCGUCUCUGCCAGUGAAACUACAGGUGAUAUUGCUACUGUGUGUGACUCAGCUGGUGGAGGCAGUGACCUCAGAUUGUGGACAGUGAAUGGGGACCUCGUUGGACAUGUCCACUGCCGGGAGAUCAUUUGUUCCAUUGCUUUCUCCAACCAGCCUGAAGGAAUAUCUAUCAAUGUGAUUGCUGGGGGCUUAGAAAAUGGAGUUGUGCGAUUAUGGAGCACAUGGGACUUAAAGCCUGUGCGGGAAAUUACAUUUUCUAAAUCACAUAAACCUAUUGUAAGCCUUACAUUUUCCUGUGAUGGCCACCAUUUGUACACAGCAAACAGUGAGGGAACGGUGAUUGCCUGGUGUCGAAAAGACCAGCAGCGCUUGAAACAGCCUAUGUUCUACUCCUUCCUUAGCAGCUAUGCAGCUGGGUGAACAUGAGAGAAAUUUAACUUACAUGUUGACUCCACCAGUUUUAAAAGAUUGACCUGAAGAAAUGGAUGACUAAAUAUAUCAUCUGAAUAAUGAUAAACUCUAUUCAUCUGCACAACACUCUGGAGCCUACAAAGUCCUGAGCAAAAAGUUUUGUUCUGAUUAUUGAUGAUCUGGAGGGUUGUGUCAUUGUAUACUAACCAACAAGCUUUAAGUCUUGCAUGAUAAAGUAAAAGCUUAUGCUUAAAGUUCUUUCCCACAAAGAUAUUCCAAAGAAAAGAUUAGGGUCUCCUUUUUGUAUUAACCCAAAAGGCCAGUAGUAUUAAAAGUUGGGAUAAUUGUUUAUAUAUGAUACUCUAAAAUCAAGUUAUAUUUUAAAAGUUUUCUGACCUGAGAUAACCCCUAUCCCUACCCCACCCCCCAGAAAAGGAAAGAUAAAGAAAAGGAUAAAAAAUUCAAGACUCAAUAAUUGCUUUCUUUGAGGAGCAAAUUACUCAGUAGGUGCCUCUGCACCAAAUAUUUUAUGGAAUAUCUGAUACUAAAAAGAAACUUCUGGUAAAUCUCAAUGUUGGCAGUUUUUGCCAGUGGCCUUCUUAGCACAAAGUACAACCAGAAUUUUUUGACAGCCACAGCAUGCAGGUAUCUUUUAUUUCAGAUGCAUCCUUUUUCUUCAUAAAAAGACUUACUUAAAAUCCAUUAACACUAGAUGUUGAAUAUCCCUAGUUGAGUCACUAAGGUUUAAACAUAAUGAUAAUUCAUUUAAUACUUGCUAUUCACAGAUCAUUGAAUACUUAAUAAUUUGCAAUAAAUAGAAAGCUGCCACUAUGAAAAAAAUUUGCACAGAUAUUCAUAGUACAGUCUAGAUAAGGCAUUUACUCUAAUGUGUAGGUGGAGUUUUCAUCCCCAAAGCAGAAUUAGAAAAGGAGACAGCUUACUACGUUCCUUUAAACAGGAAGCAAGGUAAUUGUUCUAGAAAACAGUGGAUGCUCUUUCUACUAACCUAUAUCACCUGAAAAUUCCCAAAAAUUUUAGAAUAGUCUCUCUCUACCAUGAUGUCACAGCUGUAUUUUUACUUGGGGUGCUGUUUUAUUGGCUUUGAAAUCACUGUAAAAUAAGCUCAGUAAUAAUGUUACCACAAGGUAAAAAUAUGUUUUCCUGAAUAACUUGCGCAUUUCUUAUGGAAAUUAAAUUCAUAUGGUGUUUACAGAGCUACUUUUGUUAUUUCCAGACUUUCUAAAACAUUCUGCUUUAGAACUGUAUAAAAUACAAUUCCCAAGUCUCUGCUGUCCAGAUAGGAACAAGAGGAAACAAAUGGCCAUGUGCCAUUUCUAACUGACCUGCAUACAUUGGAAGAGCAUUUAACAGCCUGGAUUUAGAGCAUGGUUUGCACAAGUUGGGUACUAAUUCUGAUGUCCAAGUAAAUGCAGAGAUAAGAUUAUUCCUAUUCACGUUGAAGUGACUUGCUUUGUUUUUUAAAAAAUUGCAGCUAUUGUCUAAUUUCAUUUUUUUAACUGAGAGCUUUAAAUUUCUCCCCUAUUAGAAUAGGGAAGCUACUCAGUCCUUUUUAAAAAAAAAAAAAAAACUAAUUUCAUCAUUUAUCUAAAGAGAAAAAUAUGAAAAAUAAUUUGUCUUAUUAAGAGUGCAAUAUUAUAUUUUUAUGUAAAACAUAAAGAUAACUUUAGGGGGAUUAUUUAUUCAGCAUGAAGCCUAAUAUGUAUAUGUUUGAAAUACUUCAUAAUGUGCGUGUUGUAGCAAACAUUUCUGUAAAUUAUCACAAGCUCUGUUAUCUUUGUAUACACUGACACUUCGCUUUGGGAAUAAAUUUCAU